CCCUCUUCCUACUUUCUCUUUUCUUUGGCUUAUUUCGUCUCAAAAACCAUGAAGUACAACCCAUGCUCCCAUCUAAUUUCUGUUUGUGGGUGCGAUGUUUCAUAGUUUGCUCAGCGAUAGCUGUCAGGAAUCUCACUACCGAUCAGUCUGCACUUGUCCAGUUUAAAGAUGGCAUUUUGGAUCCUCAAAAUGCAUUGGCUAACCGCUGGAAGGCCUCUACUUCUGUUUGCAAGUGGGUUGGUGUUUCUUGUGGUUCCAUCCAUGAAAGAGUUGUAGCUUUGAAUCUUACAAGCAUGGAUCUUACGGGUAACAUCCCUCCGCACCUUGGGAAUCUUUCAUUUCUACGUUCUCUUGAUUUGAGCAGAAACCAUAUCUAUGGCCAUCUGCCUAUGGAAUUGGGACAGCUACAUCGUUUGAGGGUCCUUCGAUUAAGCUUCAACGGUCUUAACGGAGAGGUUCCAUCGUGGCUUGGGAACUUGCACAGAGUUAAAAUGUUGAAAAUGUAUAGUAAUAAUUUCACAGGCACAAUCCCGCAAACACUUGUCAACAUGUCCAAUUUAGAGAUCUUAAAUUUGGGAGCCAAUCAACUGUUUGGUCAGAUUCCAUCUUCUAUGGAUGGAUUACCUCUUUGAAAGGGAUUUAUCUUGGAGAUAAUAGUCUUUCUAGAAGCUUGCCCGAUGAUUUGUGUGUCCAUCUUCCAAAUAUUGAGGUGCUUGACUUGUAUAUAAAUGAAUUAUUCGGUAAUAUCCAAUCAACUGUAGGAAAAUGCAGAAACCUUCAAUAUUUGGCACUAUCUUCUAAUAAAUUUAGUGGGACCAUUCCAAGAAGCAUUGGAAAUAUGACACGACUCAAAGAAUUAUAUUUGGGAAUCAAUAAUCUAGAAGGUGAAAUUCC